GAUAAUUUCCCAGAGUUUCUGGACAAGCAACAACGUACCAGUACGCCUCUGGAGCUCCCCGAAUCUGUUAUCGAGCCGUUGGAGUAUUGGUCACAAGACUCCUCGCCCGAGUUCUCGGGAGUAGUACGGCAGCUGCAGCCUCAGCUAUGUGCUCAUCUCC